UUUACACAGAGCAGGAAGUGCCCAGGUUAGCACAGUUAGCUGGCUAGGCUAACAACACCAGACCCAGCAGCAGCAGCAGUAGUUCUGAGGGUUAUCUGUGCGCUGUGUGCGGCUGGGUUUUGUCUCUGUGAGAUGCAGUUAUUUGUGGUGCUGGAGAUAUGUAAUGUAGCAGCAGUAAUGGACAGUAAUGGACUCUAGUCUCUGCAGUGUGUUGUGCUGCUGUUAGCAGGCUGGCUAACCCCGGACUCACUGUGUUUAUGCUCGAGUUACAGCCAUACACAAGUUAUUACAGUGUUCAUCUUGAUCUGAGGUCAAAAUGUCAGUGGAGCUUGACGUGUUUGUGGGAAACACCACCAUUAUGGACAAGGAGGUGUACCAACUGUGGCUGAAUGGAUAUACAGUGAACGAUGCUGUAAAAGUGCGCAUCGAGGGAGGCGUGAUGGAGGAGUGCGAGGCCAGUGCUGAAGUUCUGCUCAGUGACACUAUGGACCAGUUCAGAACCUUCCAGAUGUGUGAAAGGCUUCUGCAGAAUCCAGCUAAACUGGCUAACCAGCUGCUGUUUCAGAUUCCUCCAGAUCGACAGGCCAUGCUGAUUGAGAGAUAUUAUGCCUUUGAUGAUGCCUUUGUUCGUGAAGUUCUUGGAAAGAAACUUUCCAAAGGGACGAAAAAAGACCUGGAUGAUGUGAGUGCAAAGACUGGAAUUACGCUGAAAAGUUGCAGACGACAGUUUGACAACUUCAAGCGAGUAUUUAAAGUGGUGGAAGAGCUAAAGGGCCCCCUGGUGGAAAAUAUAAAGCAGCACUUUCUGCUCCCUGACCAGCUGGCGAGGGAUUACGCUGCCAUAGUGUUCUUUGCCAAUAAUCGCUUUGAGACCGGGAAGAAGAAGCUUCAGUAUCUCACCUUCCAGGACUUUGCCUUUUGUGCUGGGCAGCUCAUCAACUAUUGGACAGUUGGAGCUGUGGAUAACAUGGUGGAAGACAUGGACGUGGAUUUAGACAAAGAGUUUCUUCAAGAUCUCAAAGAUCUGAAAAUUUUAAUCACAGACAAGGAUCUCCUGGACCAGCACAAAAGUCUAGUGUGUGUCGCACUGCGGGGAAAGACCAAAGUCUUCAAUGAGAUGGAAGCCAAUUUUAAGAAUCUCUCCAGAGGCCUUGUUAAUAUUGCUGCCAAAUUAACGAAUACAAAAGAUGUCCGUGAUUUCUUCAUCGAUCUUGUAGAAAAGUUUAUUGAGCCUUGCAAGUCAGACAAAUGGACAUCUACGGAUGUUAACCUCUAUCUUACCCACUACACGAACUCUGCGCACAUCCUCGACACUUUCAAGCACCAGACUGUCUGGACCAGGUAUAUGGGAGUUAUCAAAAGCUGCAUCCUCAGAAUGUAUCACGAGUGAAGAAUAGUAUUUUUCCAUUCUUCCUGUCCUCUUUUCUCUUCUCCCUUAAUCUUAAACUGCACUGGAUCCAGCCCAGCCUUUCAGCUCACCUUUUGGCCCUAUCUUUAUUUAAAUCCCCCGUUUAUCAUUUUCCUCCUUUAAUCCUCACCCAAAUGUCUCCCUCCAACAGCUGGCCAUCCCCCCCCUCCCUCCCCCAUUCCCCUCCCUCCCCCCAUUCCCCUUUAUCCUCAGCUCAUUCUUUCACCCCUCGGCUACUGCCAAUCAUGGGAUGGCUUGUAAAUAAACAGAGCAUGCUUUCUACACAUAAUCUCUGCUGUGUCCUCCUUGACCUCACUGUAAAUGAUUUAAUCAUUGCUAUAUAAUUGCUAUAAAUGAUCACAAUGGAUCUGAUUUAAACUUUUUUUGUUUUAUUUUAGAAUUUAGUUCACAUGCAGCCAGUUCAGCACUGGAACCGGUUGCAUGCUGAUUGUAUGACUGAUGAGAUGAGAUCAUUCUUUAUUAGUCCCUUAAUGGGAAAAUUCACAGUUUUCACAGUGUAAACGUGACCUACCACUAAAGAAAUAUAUAUAUAUUAUUCUUCAUAUUAUAUUUCUUCUUCUUCUUAUUAUUAUUAUUGUUAUUAUUAUUAUUAUUUUUAUUAUUAUUAUAUUUACACAAAAAUAUACACAUGCAUAUAGAAACAUAAAUAUGUUAUCUUCAUUUUAACAUUGAGAGAUAAUAAACUGCUAUGCCAAAAGUCAUGGGAUAGCACUGCACUGAGAAUUCAUUAACUGUGUAUGUUGUAAGGAGUUAUCUUGUGAGUGAGGCUAAACACUGGCCCGCAUGCUCAUUGCAGAUCCAUUGUGACAGCCUUGUAAAAUUCUGGAACCAAAUGUUGAAUAUAGAAACGGGAGUUUAUAUCGGUGGGUUUGUGCAGAUAGCCAGGCCAUUGAGAAUGUACUAUUUUCACUUAGAGCAAAUGGACUCUCUUUCUUCUGUCCAUUUCUUCUCUGAUAUAAAAACUGAGGCCUGGCUUGGUUAAUGCACAUUGUUUGACCACGUUCACAUUGCAAGCCACAUUGUUCAAAUUCACUUUUUUUUUUUGCUCAGAUAGGAUUUGGCUAUCUUGCCGGUUACCAUUCAUAAAAGUGAUCUGUAUCUGUGUGUAAUGUGAACGAAUCUGUUCCUGAAACGCCUCACAUGCGCACAUUGAUACCUGCAUAAACUUUGUCUUCUUUACCACCAACAAAAAACGCCAUAUUUACGAGACGACUCAUAGCUUUAUAAAGGGAAAUGGAUGUGUCGUUAGCAGCUCAUAUGUGGAGCAUCUUUUACUGGAGUGGACAGAAAACAGCUGGUCUGAGGUUCAUGCUCAGGUCGAAAAUGUGAGACAGAAGCCUGUAGCGCAUGCAUGAAAGAAAAAAGACGCAUGAAUUCUGAUUUGACCGUUCAUAUUUAUGUCGCAUGUCCAUGGAUUGGAUACAUAUCCAGUUUAGGACCACAUAUGAAAGUGAUGCAAGUCUGAUAAAAAACAAAAAAAAAAACAGAUUGGGCACAGCCAUGAAAAAAUCAGAUCUGAGCCACAUUGAGCAAAAAAUUUGAUUUGAGUUACUUCAGCCUGCUAAUGUGAACGUAUCCUUUAACUUUGUUGCAUUUUAAAGUCACAAUUAAGAAUUAAAUGUUAACUGAUUUAGUCCUUGAUCCAAUACCACUGCAUUUAAUAAAAUUGAUGAAAUUGA